UCCAGCACAACCAGGCACAGCCCGGGCAGGCUGAGACCAUGCUUUUCCUCUGGGCACUGGCAUUUGUUCUAGUCCUGCAGGAGCAAGAUCCUUUAGCUGCUGCAGAUCCUGUCAGUGUGACACCUGGAAGUUUGGAAGGAGAGAGCUGGUGUAAUGAACAUAUGCUCCAUGAACGCUUAGAUAUCAUUGAAGAGAAGGUAAUAAAAACAGUGGAGCACCUAGAAUCAGAAGUCAAAUCACUCCUGAACAUCAUCAGUGAGACAACACUGAAUAUCCCCACUGUUCCAGGAACUCCACUUACAGACAUUUUUGAUGAUACCAGCUGAGCACUGUGAAGACAGAAGACAGCUGAAUGUAAUGGUGUGGUUGUCAUAAACAGUUGCACUUCUGAUCAUUUAAUAAAGCUUAUGUUUCCAGAAUUUGUGCAGGGUGAACAAUCUUCAGCUGUAGUUUGUCUUCUGCGUUGCUGUGCUUCAUAAUAAAAAGGUACUUGCUUUCAGACACUGGUUCAAACUUUGCAUUCUAAAUCUUUCAGGAGUCUUACUUUAUCAAAGUUGCCUUUCAAAUGCAACACUGUCAGUAAGAAAACAAGAUCAGGUGAUAUUCGUGACUAAAGCACAGCUAACAAACUUCCCUUAAAUUCAAAAGCUUCCUCCUUCCCCUGCAAAGAAGUAAACUCUUGCCAUUUGUUUCAGCCAACAAAGAUAAAGUUCAGCUGCAAAUUCCUCUCAAGACAUGCUCAGGUUGUCUGACAGAAGCGAGUGUAUGGUCUGCCUUUAGACACAGGACACACUCCUGCCAUUGACCAAAAUGGGAGUCCUGUCAGCAAGCCCCAGUCAGAAUCCACCAUUUGGACACACAGCUACCAUAUUCUGUAAUCUUUACACUGCCCUCCCUUGCCAUGGUGACAAAUGCAAUCCAGAAUUAAAUCCAGGUCAUUGACUUUUUCUUU